GGGCUCGUGCUGCCUUGCAGACGCCGCCACCCCGGAGCCUUCCUUGCUGUCUAGCCAUGGUCAACCCCACCGUCUUCUUCGACAUCGCUGUCGACGGCGAGCCCUUGGGCCGCGUCUCUUUUGAGCUGUUUGCAGACAAAGUUCCAAAGACAGCAGAAAACUUUCGUGCUCUGAGCACUGGGGAGAAAGGAUUUGGUUAUAAAGGUUCCUGCUUUCACAGAAUAAUUCCGGGAUUUAUGUGCCAGGGUGGUGACUUCACACGCCAUAACGGUACUGGUGGCAAGUCCAUCUAUGGCGAGAAAUUUGAUGAUGAGAAUUUCAUCCUGAAGCAUACAGGUCCUGGCAUCUUGUCCAUGGCAAAUGCUGGCCCCAACACAAACGGUUCCCAGUUUUUCAUCUGCACUGCCAAGACUGAGUGGUUGGAUGGCAAGCAUGUGGUCUUUGGCAAGGUGAAAGAGGGCAUGAAUAUUGUGGAAGCCAUGGAGCGCUUUGGGUCCAGGAAUGGCAAGACCAGCAAGAAGAUCACCAUUGCUGACUGUGGACAAAUCUAAUAAUUUUGACUUGUGUUUUACUUAACCACCAGACCAUUCCUUCUGUAGCCCAGGAGAGCACCCCUUCACCCCCAUCUGCUCGAAAUAUCCCAUAAUCUUUGUGCUCUCGCUACAGUUCUUUGGGUUCCAUAUUUUCCUUAUCCCCCUCCAAGUUUAGCUGGAUUGCAAAGUUAAAUUUAUGAUUAUGAAAUAAAAACUAAACAAUUAUCUGUC